AUGUCUCAGCCGAGCACACAAUGCAACGAUGCUUCUCUUGAUCCUUUCUUUCUAUCAUUCAACCACGAACAUCAGCAGCAACUUCCAAGUCGAGCGGAACUAGAAGAACUGUUCAGUUCAAAUAGAUCAGAGCCAAACCCCAUUUCAUCGAACAACAGCGAAGUGUUCAAUGACCUGGACUUCUCUUUCGAUGAUGCGUCGCUCGCUCAGAUCAACUCGUCGACACCUUCAUCGAUUUCAACGCCAGACUGGUCGACAUACAGCUUCGGCAAUUCAGGCCUGAGCUAUCCUACGCCUGAGCCAAAUUCACCACACCCAUAUCCGCUUGACGUCAAGCAGUCCUCCGACAGCCCUGCAAAUACGCACCUAUCGCUUCACAACAGUCGCCCCCCUCACCUGCGCUCAAAUACAACCACCACAUGCCCUCCGCCAGCACAACCCUACGUGCGUCGUCGGUCACUGAGCCAGGGCGAUGCAGAUCGCAUUGCUGCUGCAAACACGAUACCGAAUCCGACAUUUGUCCGCCUCCAAGCUCCGCGUUCUCGAUCAACCACACCGGAAGAGAAGAAAAGGUGCAGCCCGUAUGCACAACAUGGUCGCAGUGCUAGUCAGGGGCUCGGCCCACGAGGUCGCCCUUUGAAACAGCCGACAACACCACAUGGACGGCACGGAAGCCCACUGAUCGGAGGAAUGUUCUCAACUCCAAUUGGAACCCCCUUGGAUGACGUGAUGGAGGUUGAUGAUUCUGGAUACACCGCCAGUUCGCGCAGCUUUAGUCGGUCAUCACACCACGCACAGGGAGCCACGAGUUCCUCGGCUCGUCACAAAAAAGACGGGGCUCCCGUCUUCAAACGUCUGAUGCGUCCUGAGGACCUCGCAAAGAGCAGACACAUUAUACAGAUUGGAGCCAUGGCCACCAAGACAGCUCCCGUCCACCUCGACCCCAAUCUGCAAGGUAUCUCACCAUCUGCCUCCCACCACGACCGCAUUCUCAAAAAACUCGACGAUAUCGAGCACCAUCUUCGUCUGGAGAACGGAGGCAACGCCGAUGCGCUGCGCGGAUGCACAAUGAUACGCGAAGCGUUGGCUAAAAAGAUGGAGAUGGAACACACCAUCAUGUACGGUGAGAAGAAGGGUAAAGACGAUGCUCUGGAUGCACCUAGUACCGUGUUUAGUGAGAUGGGGUGUAGUUUCCUGGGUGGAGGUGACGACGACAAUGAACUGAUGAAGCUGCUCAUGCAGGAAACUAAGCAGGCGGACUGCAAGCAUGAUGGGGAGUAG